UGUUUGGUUUCGAAAUGAAUUGCUCUCCAACUUUGUGCGGAAUUAGUAACAGCAAUGACACAGCAGCUGGGGGUGUUACUGUGUACUGCUGUUACAUUGUUACAGUCCUAACACGAGCCCAUCUGAUAAGGAGAGACUUGAAUGAAUAAAUGUAUGUAGGAAAAAAAGAGUGUGUGAGGAGCAUUCAUGGCGUUAAUAUGCUAACCAUUAGCUUCAUGUACUUUCCUGUAAUGUCUUAUCUGUAUCAUGUGUUGGAUGCUGUGACGCUUUGCGCAUGCGUCCUGGCUCCCCAACAGCAUCAGGAGAGAAGAGGAGGAUGGCGGAGGAUGGGAAGGAAGAGUCAGUGGCUACUGACGACGAUUCAGACCUCACAGCUGCAGACGGGACCAGCAGCCUAAACAACACGAUGGUGGAAGAGGGCUCCACACUCCUGCGCAGAAUGGAGAUCUGUGUAGCUGAGGCUGAGAAAAGGAGUGGCAAAAAUGCAGUUAACAUGCAGGAGACAUUCACCGUGUACCUCAUCGAAACCCGGCCAAUGGAUGCAGUUGCUGAAGGUCGUAACCCAGCCCCUGACUCUCUGUGGAGGAGAUACAGUGAAUUUGAGCUGCUACGGAACUACCUGAUAGUUACCUAUCCAUACAUUGUGGUGCCCCCUCUUCCUGAAAAGAGAGCAGAGUUCGUGUGGCACAAGCUGUCGGCAGACAACAUGGACCCAGACUUUGUGGAGCGCCGCAGGGUCGGGUUGGAGAACUUUCUGCUUCGUGUAGCAUCACAUCCGGUCCUCUCCAAUGACAAGAUCCUCUACCACUUCCUCACUGAGGAACAUGGCUGGAAGGAAGUGGUGUAUGAGACAGGAUUUCAGGCAAAGGCAGAUUCCAGGCUGAGAGCUCUCAGCGCCACCUUCAGGGUGAGAAAUCCAGAUAAACGCUUCAUGGAGAUGAAACAUUACAGCGAUGAGCUUCAGUCUCACACAUCUCAGCUGCUCCGAGCACGAGCAAGGGUUGCAGAUCGACUUUAUGGUGUUUACAAGGUCCAUGGAAACUACGGGAGAGUCUUCAGUGAGUGGAGCGCCAUAGAGAGGGAGAUGGGAGAUGGACUGCAAAGUGCUGGUCAUCACAUGGAUGCAUAUGCUGCCUCUAUAGAUGACAUCUUAGAGGAAGAGGAACAUUACGCAGACCAAAUGAAAGAAUAUCUCUUCUAUGCUGAAGCUCUGAGGGCAGUGUGCAGGAAACAUGAGCUGACCCAGUUUGAGCUUGAGAUGGCCUCCCAGGACCUCAUCUCCAAGAAGCAGCAGCGUGAGGAGCUGGCUACAGGGAUUGUGCGGACGUUCUCCCUAAAAGGUAUGACCAACAAGCUUUUUGGCCAGGAGGCGCCUGAGCAGAGAGAGGCCAGACUGAAGCUGCUGGAGGAGUUGAUAGCAGAGGCUGAAGACACCGUCAAGGAGAAAACAGUCGAGUGCGAAGAGCAUGUUGAAAAGGCAUGGGUGGACAUGCAGCGCUUUAAGGAGCAGAAAGACAAAGACCUGCGGGAAGCCCUCAUCAACUAUGCUGUCAUGCAAAUCAGCAUGUGCAAGAAGGGAAUACAAGUGUGGAGCAAUGCCAAAGAAUGUUUCCUCAAGAUGUAAAGUGAAAGCCAUACUCAGAUGAUUUGCACCCUCAGCGAUGCUCAAUGUGGAUGCUGGGAAAUGAUACCAAUGUCCUCUCAAAGAAGAAACUGCUAUCGGUUGAUGGCUGAAAACAGUAGCAGUAAAGUAACAAAGCGUGUAAAGAUAAUUUCAUUUCAAGUAUUUACACAAAAUGCAUUCAUAUGCAACUAAUUUGCAAUAGUGAUUUUGUGGAGUGAAAAAGCUUUAGGAGUGGGCGGUGGAUCACACAAAGCACAUGACUUGGACACUGGAGAUAAGAAUUCACAGGGUUGACUUUUGCAAUAUUUAACCAAGACCCUAAAGAGGCACUUCACCAAUUUUACAUGUUAAAGUCAGUUGAUUAGUCAUUGCUAGUAAGUUUUCUUUGAUGUUGUUCUUUUUCAAAUCUGUAUCUUAUUAGUCUCCCAACUUUAUGGAAGUGUAAUACUAAAUUGGUUAAGUGCCCCAAAGAGUACUGAAGAUGAUUUAACACCUGUGUAACCUGUUUAACCUGUUUGGAUGCAUUUACACAUUUAGUUUAUGCUGGUGUGAAAGCUGUCAGUCAAACUCUGGUAUGAACGGACAUCCUGAAAAGGAGCGUCUCAGCCAGCUGUUCUCCUGUAAUAUUAUGGUACAAGAUAAUUUAACACAUCAGUAAAAUGCAGCAUGACCUGCUGUCAGUCACCAGGAUUUGAUUUCUGCCAAAACUGUCCAAUUACAGUCCGUCUGACUUCAUUCCUCUUGAUAUAUAAAAAGUCAGCGUGAACCUGAAAUGUACCAGAACUAAAAGGUAACAAUAUGUAAUUUUUUUUUCUGUUGAACCAAAUGAACUGAACUACAGGUGUGAAAGCAACCUGAGAUGCCAUUAUAACUUUAUUAUCUAAAGCACAUUAUAGAGCUUAUUGGCAUCACCUGAUGCUUAAGAUGCAAGGAGUUUAUAUUGUAGUGAAAACAAAUAAAAUAUGGAUUAACUAAAACAUAAUAUAAGUGACAUAACAUUUCCUCCAGUUUCCUCUGCUGUAAGCUAAUGUUUACAUUUUUGCUUUAUAUGAAAGGAUCAAAGUGAAGAUGCUACAAGAUGUUGUGGUGUCCAGAGCAAUGUAUUGUACUAAUGUACAGUAAGCUGCACAUAAGAGUCAUUAUAAUCUUAGAUGAUUUUAUUAGUUUAAUUUAACCAUCUUUUAUUGAAAUAAAAAAAUAUUUGUUCAGUUUUAUUUCUUGUUCUGGAUGCUUGCCAGCAAUAAGCUUUGUGAGUGUAUUUAUGUUUUCAUAAUUCCAUUUGUCCAUCCCCUUUCAUAUAUCAUUUUAAUGUUCAAUUUGGAUGUAGCUCUUAAUUAUUUGAAUAAAAAUGUGUCACACCA